AUGCCUGUAACAGGAAAGCCGUUUGGCCAAGAACGACCACCUUUAACCGACCUUUUGAAGAACAUUUUGCUGCGAUAUCCCGAUGGCGGGCAGAUAUUAAAAGAACUAAUUCAAAAUGCGGAUGACGCUGGUGCAAAUGAAGUCAAGUUUUUAUUUGAUGCCACGUCAUAUGGGACCACCUCCCUGUUUUCCCCUGGGUUGGCUUUGUUCCAAGGGCCGGCUCUUUACUGCUACAACAACGCCAAGUUCACCAAAGAGGACUGGGAUGGACUGCAGCGUCUUAUGAGAAGUAACAAGGCAAAUAAUCCAUUGAAAGUUGGUCGCUUCGGCAUUGGAUUCAAUUCUGUGUAUCACAUUACAGAUCUUCCAAGUAUUGUGAGUGGAGAUAUGGUGGCUUUCCUCGAUCCACACGAGACAUAUUUUUUUCGUGGUGAACCAGGCCGAGCAUUUUCUACUAGAGAACCUUUACUGGCUGAACAUUUGAAUCAAUUUGAGCCGUUCCAACACAUUUUCGACUGCAACCUUGACCAGGGAAGGUCUUAUGGAGGAACACUAUUUCGCUUUCCAUUAAGAAUUCAACCAUCGAAGUUGUCGAAUAAGAUCUACACGAGAGAAAUGGUCAACACUCUUUUCGAUUCAUUCAAGAAAGAAGCCAGUGCGAUUCUCCUCUUUUUGAAAAACGUCGACUCGAUCAGCUUGUACGAGAGAGAAGCACGCGGUGAAAUUGUUCAUCUUUAUACAGCCAGAGUUUCUGAGCAAUCAAAAAUCGAAGUUAGGCGAAAUAGGAAAGAAUUGGUCCAGGAUAUCACCGAAGAGUGGGAUUUCGCCGUGAAAAAGACCUUCUAUCGCUUGGAAAUCGAGAAAAAGAGUCCCGGAAAACCUCCAGAAAAGAAUAAAUGGCUCUUAGCGAAUCAGGUUGGAACGACUGAAAAAAGACUAAUUGAGCUGGGUAUGUCUGAAAGUCUGAAACUACUACCUUGGAUUGGCAUCGCGUUUCCUCUUGAUGCGAACAACAGCAUGUCUUCACUUGGAAGGAUAUUCUGUUUUCUUCCACUCCCCCCUGAUGGCGACUGUCGUACUGGACUGCCGGUGCAAGUUAAUGGCUACUUCGGACUAACAGACAACAGACGAGCUUUGAAAUGGCCUGGUCCUGAUUGCCAGAAUGAUGAGACAGCCGAGUGGAAUGAACUUCUUCUGCGUAAUGUGGGAAGUCAGGUGUAUGCGAGUUUGAUCAUAAAUAUGUUGCAAGAGGGUUCCGGAGUAGGUUCACCGGAAUUGCUCGCUAACUCAGCGUACAGUGCUCUACCACGCCUCGACCGUGUCAGGCAAGAUUGGAAGUGUAUCAUAGAGCCUUUUCUAAAAACAGUUCUAGCAGAAGAAAUAUUCCUGACUGUUCCAAGAGGAAUUUAUCAUUGGGUCAACCUUGGAGCUGCAAUUAUUGAUCGCAUGAACGAGUCCAAAGAUAUGAGACCAGAGAUCAAACGAGUUGUUCUAAAGACGUUGCUGGGAGCUGGCCAGCCAAUUGUUUCACUACCAGAACACGUUAUACAAAUUAUCGAUCAAUAUCAUCAGAUGUCAGGUUGGAGAAACGUUCAACAAGUUACCCCUGAACUCUUGUGUAACGUUUUGCGAUCAAAUUUCGAUUUUCACAGCCUCGGCAUGCCGUUUGAAGACAGAUUGUUUGUGUUGGAAUACGCUCUGCAGACAGUUCCUGGAAAUAGCCAUAGUCUUCGUGGCGUCCCUCUUCUGCCGUUAGAGAAUCGUCAGUUUAUAAAGUUCUCAAUUCCUUCUGAUGAAAAUAUUUUCAUCCCAUCCGAGAAACACAUCGUAGAUCUUUUACCCAACAUGAAACAUCGUCUUCUACAUCGUAAUCUUUCUCUACCAGCGCAACAGAAGCUUCACGAGCUUGGUGAUUCCAGGGUAACACAGUUGCAUCACCCUAAUGUUGAUGAUAUCAAAGAAUUGCUCUGGCAAAACCUUCCUAGCGAUUGGUCGUGCGAUCAUCUUCCACAGCUGGAGACCGUGACGUGGAAUCCAGGGACAGAAGGCCAUCCUUCUUUUGAAUGGCUAAAGUUAGUGUGGAAAUGGAUCAACGAAAAUUACCCAGGUAAUUUGAACGAGUUCCACGGAAUGCCACUGAUUCCUGUGUCCGUCAGCUCACCUUCGUCUAUGGUAAGACUUCGCCAAAAUUCCAGCAUUAUCGUUAGCGAACACCCGCAGUACAUCGGGAAACUUUCAAAUGCCGUUUGUGAAUUUUUGAAGAGAUCCGGUUGCGCUGUAGCUGAAAAAUUACCCUCCUUCGUGAAGCAUGAUCAACUACUUCACUAUAUUGCUCUACCAAAUGCUUCUGGUCUUCUCAAAGUGCUUGGUAUAGCGAGAGAAAAGGCUGUUCAACAACUUUCUGUUUCCACACCCUUAGUGAAACGCGAACUAUGUCUCAUCCUGUCGUGGCUAGAUUCCAUUGAUUCGGCUCAGAAAUCAUUUAUUCGUACGUUGCCAAUCUUUGAAGCAGUCGACGGACGGUUUAUGUUAUCCUGUCAAACGGAACAAGGUGAACAGAGGCUUGUUGCUCCACGGAAUUAUUCACUACCCGAAGAUAUCGGAAUUGUUGAUCGAAGUAAGAUCCUAUCCUCUACAAAAAACGAAAGCCAUCGCCUGCUGGAGAAACUUGGAAUGGUAAUGGAGAGCACCGCAAGCUUGAUCAUGAUUCACUUGGAGAGUUUCUUAAGCUCGGAAAACGGAGAUGCAGAAAAGGACAAGCUUAUGCUAUGGAUCUUGGAAAGAAUUGAAAUUUUAAAUCAUGAAAUGCCCACUGAUUUUGUUGCGUUUAUCCGUAAACUUCCCUGUAUUCCGACUGCUAGCAGCAAACGUGUGGCCCCAAAUCAACUGUUUGACCCUUCUGACAAACUUCUCACCCGGUUGCUUCAAGACAACAACGAGGCAUUUCCAACGAGACAGUUUUUAGGGCCAAUACUGAAACGAAAACACGAGUUGCAAGUUCGACGCGUAGAAAACCUGACAACUGAGGAUGUUUUGCUUGUUGUGAAUCAAAUGACAAAGGAAAGUUCAGACAGAGGUAUUGCCGUCGUGGAACUUUUAAACCAGCGACUAGAGUUACUUCAAGAAUACACCGCAGUUGGAAGGCCAUUAAAUUCCGUCCUACGUGAGUUGCCAUGGUUACCAAGAGUGUGUGAUCGUCCGAAGAACUAUCCUGAAUUGAUGCCGUGGUAUGAUGGAAUGAAGUUAUGCAAACCAAGCAACAUGCGUCCUGACUCGCUGGCAAUCCUAGUUGGAGCAACAGUGCCUGUUUUUAAAGAAAGGUUGAUUUCAAGUAAAGUUCAAGAAAAGCUUGGCAUUUCUGUGGAUCAACAAAACAUAUCUCAAGAAGUCAUUCAACAGCUACAUCUGGCCGUUGUUUCUUGGAAAAAUCAAACAACAACACAAUUGUCUCUUGGAAAAUUUGAAGAAAUGGUCAGAAAAAUAUACAUGUAUCUUUCCACAGCACCCCAAAGUUCUGUGCAAGAUUUGUUAAAGUCCAAAGGUCUAAAUCAGUGGGUAUGGCAAGGAAAUGGUUUUACAUCACCCGAGAAGGUUGCUUUAGAACCACCUUCAAAUUUUCCUAGAAGCAUAAACCUUCAUCCAUACUUGUUCCGUCUUCCAAACGAACUAUACAAGGUAAAGGACUUUCUACUUUCACUUGGAGUGAAGCCACAGUUUAAUGUUGAUGAUCUGCUGGUUAUGCUUUCAAUCAUAAAGGAAAAGCAUGAUAAUGAAGACGGACCACGUGAAGAUGCGAUGCAAGACUUUGGUCAAUGUCGUGCGGUGUUGGAGUGGAUUGUUAGAAGCUGUGGUAAGUUAUCAGAUGAACGUCGAUCAAAUCUUCUCAUUCCUGUCCAAACAUCCUCUGGAAAGCUGCAACUCGAGCCGUGCAACAAGUGCAUUUACUGUGAUCGUGAAUUCCUAAGACGAGGUGCCUCUGAAUUUGAAGUCUCCACAAAUUCCCAUUUAAUUCAUAAAGCAAUUCCUGAUGAUUUGGCUGGUCGUCUUCGCGUACCACGUCUCUCGAGCUGCCUCGCAGGAGGCAAAGUUCUUGGUAUUCAAUUCAAAGAAGCUGGUCAGUACGAGCCGCUGACCACGAGAUUACGUAACAUUCUUCAGCAGUACAAAGAAGGUGUAGCAAUUUUCAAGGAAAUCAUUCAAAACGCAGAUGACGCACGUGCUUCUAAAGUGUUUUUCGUUGUUGAUUGGAGGGAAAAUCCCCGGGAACAAUUGCUAACUGAAGAACUAGCUAAGUGCCAGGGACCUGCCCUUUGGGCGUACAACGACGCAAUGUUCUCUGAGGCAGACUUCGAGAAUAUCAACAGGCUUGCUGGUGAGACUAAGAAGGAAGAUUUGGAAAAGGUUGGACGUUUUGGUCUUGGCUUCAACUCCGUCUACCACCUCACGGAUGUUCCAAGCUUUGUGAGUGGUGAACACGUUGUGGUUUUUGAUCCGAAUAUGACUCACAUCUCUAAGUUAAUGGACGGAAAGAUGAGAGGAGGCGGAUUUAUGUUAAGCUUGGCGGAAAACAAGCUGGCCUUAUCUGCAUUUCCAGAUCAAUUCAUGCCUUACCAUCAAAUGUUUGGCUGUGACAUGAGCGGAACGGGACCUUUUCACUUUGAUGGGACAUUGUUUCGACUUCCUUUCCGUACAACUGAACAAGCGCGGGAAAGUGAAAUAUCGAACGAACCUUGCACGCCAGAAAACGUGAACAACCUCAUCAAAUCGUUGAGAAAAAGUGCGCUUACAUUGUUACUAUUCACCCAAAAUGUCAAGGAGGUUCGUGUGUUUGAGGUUCCGAAAACAUCCAACCCAAAGAGAAGUUUGGGGCGUCCCUUGAUGAGCAUAACAAAAUCCAUCAAGCAAGUUAUCUACACCAACGAUGCAGACAAACAUGGAAACGGAGCAAUCCUAAAGAAUACGUCAACUUGGUUAUUGAACAUCCGGAAUUCAGAAACGGUCAUUCCAUCAGAGGGACCCCGCCGCACGGAAUUAUUAGGAAUGAAUGUUUCUAUGGCGAGAUCAGACCUAAUCAAAGUUUCAGAUGCUUUUCAGAAAGCGGAAACAUGGCUUGUUAAUUCCAGCGCUGGGUCUAGGUCCUCACUCCAGGUUGCGCAGAGUGCUGAUGGCAAGAAGAACGCAGUUGUUCCCGUCACUGGAGUAGCAGCCAAGAUCUCUCAGCCAAUAACGGCUGUACGUGGAGAAGUAUUCUGUUUCAUGCCACUUUCUAUCGAGUCUGGGUUCCCUGUGCAUGUCAACGGUUCCUUUUCGGUUUACUCGAAUCGUCGUCGUCUGUGGGAACAAGGCGUGGGUGAGGAUGAAUCAUCAAAACCAUUUGAAGCAAAGUGGAACGAAGCAUUGAUGGAAGAUUCUUUAGUUCAAUCAUAUCUUCAGCUGCUUCAAGUGCUUACGACCUGUAGUGCUAAACAGGAUACGUUUCAUAGCCUUUGGCCGAAUCCAUCAAAAGUAAACUACCCUAAAGCGUGGGAACCUUUCCUUCAUUCAUUCUUUAAUAAAAUAAUCGAUGAAGAAUGGCAACUGUUUCACUGCAACGGGAAGUGGAGACGACUUCAAGAUUGUCUAAUUCUUGAUCCAAAGCUUGCUGAAGUUUCUGCAUACGUCACCGUCAUGAAUCAGCUGGUUGAGAAUGUCCUUUCACUUCCGAAGCACUUCAUGGAAGCGUUCGAACGUAGUGGGAAGGAAGCCUUUAUCAAAGAUCACACACUGACUGAGGAUAAAUUCUUAAGAGAGUUCUUCUUUCCCAACUUAUCAAAGAUACCGGUCCAGAAACGAAAUUCGGUUCUUGUUUACAUUCUUGACUGUCGACUGAACAAGCAUCGAAACUAUGAUGACCUUUUUGAGACCUACCCAAGUUUUAGCUGCUCUGAGGACGGAACGUUGCUGCGCAAACCAAAUGAGCUGGUCCAUCCAAAGGGAAAAGUUGCCUCUUUGUUCUCGGAAGAAGAAAAAAGAUUCCCAUUAGAUGAUCGGUUUUUGACAAAAGAACGAGCAAUGAUGUUGGAAGAGCUAGGAAUGGCAGUUGAUUCUCUUCCGUGGAGCAGUUUGUGCGAGCGAGCUGAGUGGAUUUCCAAUCACUCUGAUGCAGCAAGAGCAAGAUUUCUUAUUCAAUACCUGAAUCAAAUGCCUCCGAAAGACGAAAUAGCUCCUGACGAAAUGGAGCUCCUAAGAGCUGCUAGAUUCCUUCCAAUUUUGUCCAAACCAAAAGACUUCCCAUUCCCAUGGAAGUCUGAGGAAAUUCCUUUGACUGUAUUAGCUGCUGCGAAUAAUCUCUUUCCCGAAAGAUACAAAAACCUUGUUGGUUCCUCUCAACUCAUCCUGGAUGAAUCAUCUCAUCCCCCAAGUGUACCUGAUAGAAAUCUGAAGAAAAUCCUUGGGUUCGACUUAAAGCAACCACAGUUAUCCGAUGUCAUUACACAACUUGAUCAUGUCAUCCAGCUUUCCAACCUGCUCACAAGAGAAAAAAAGGAAGUGAUGUGUUCGACAAUUUAUGAAUUUUUGCAAAACGCUGUAACUACUAAAAGAUACAAGUCUCUGCAAUCAGAUCUUCGCGAAGAACUUAAUUCCCGAUCAUGGAUGCUGGUUAAAGGUCUAAUGGUUAACCCAGAACUUGUAGCAAGAAAUUGGAACAAAGAAAAUGGAUCGCCAUAUUUGUUUCCCUUGCCUCUUUGGUACAAUACGAGGUUUAAAAAACUUAUCGACUGGUAUGGAGUAAAGGAGGACUUUUCACUGAGAGAUUUCACAGAGGCAAUUCAUAAACUACGACAAGACAAUGAUGGCAAGGAACUGACAGUUGAUCAAAUCCGCAACAUUAUCGUUCUUCUUGAAGAAGUAUUUAGAUUAGCCGACGAAAGACUCCAAGAUCCACUGCCUCUUCCAAGCGAGGACCAUCAGUUGUAUGACGGAAAUGAGCUUGUGAUAAACGACACGCCGUGGCUGGAAGCUGAUGGUUCAAACAAGUAUGUCCACGAGAUGGUCCCAGUACAUUUGGCAUUUAGAUGUGGUGCAAAGAAACUCAGAAACGCUGAUUUACUUCGUUGCUCUAAACCAAUUGGCAAACCGUUUGGACAGCGUGAGGAACUAACUGAUCGCUUGAAGAAUAUUUUGAAGGCCUAUCCGCCCGACGAGGGAAUAUUAAAGGAACUCUUGCAAAACGCAGACGACGCAAAAGCCAGCGAAAUUCAUUUCAUAUUUGAUCCUCGAACGCACGGUAAUAAACACGUGUUCUCUGAUGGUUGGAAACACCUUCAAGGCCCUGCAAUUUGUGUCUACAACGAUAAACCAUUCACUGAAGAAGAUAUCGAAGGCAUUCAGAAGCUUGGUAUUGGAAGCAAAGUGGAUGAUGCCGUGAAAACAGGACAGUAUGGCAUUGGAUUUAAUGCAGUUUACCAUCUUACUGAUUGUCCGUACUUUAUUUCGAACGACGAAAUCAUUUGCGUUUCUGACCCGCACACUGAUUAUGCACCCACAGCAGAUGAAAUGAAUCCUGGACGGUUGUUCGACCAGCUUGAUGAGAAGUUUCGACGGAAUUACAGAGAUGUUUUUUCAGGGUUUUUGGCUGACAUGUUCAAACUUGAAGGUAGCACGAUGUUCCGUUUUCCGCUGCGCUCGCAUACAACGCCUCAGUCAAAGAUCUCAACAACUCAAUGGGAAGAAGAAAAGGUGAAAAAGUUGUUCAAAUUAUUCCGAGCAUCCGCGAAAGAUAUGUUGGUAUUUCUGAACAACAUUACCAAAAUCUCUGUCUCCGAGAUGAAAGAUGGCAUACUCGAAACGUAUUCUGUGACGUGCGAAGUUUCUGAUAUUGCAAAAAGAACUGAAUUUUUAGAGAAAAUUAAAGCUUCCAGUAAAAUGCCAACUGAGCAAAUCAAAUGGCAUAUUACCUCCUAUUGUAUGAAGAUAACCGACACGAACAAUGUGGAGAGUAAUUGGUUGGUUACACAGAAUUUGGGUUUUGCCGAGGAAAAAAGUGGCUCUCCAGUCCCAAAUGGUACAGAAAUGGGUUUGCUUCCACGCGCUGGAAUUGCCGUUCGUUUACCCACAGCUGAACCUCGACGUUUUCCAAUUCGCCAUUCUUUAUUUUGCGUACUUCCACUUCCAGUCAGGUCGGAAUUUCCCGUUCAUAUCAAUGGCCAUUUUGCCCUGGACUCAGCUCGCCGUGGUCUGUGGGAUGAUCAGAAACGCUCGGACAAACGAACAGUUUGGAAUGAUUUUUUGAAGCGUCAAGUAAUCGCUCCAGCUUAUGCCAUUACAAUAUUGCAUGCCAGAAACCGCAUCCCUGGCUAUCAAACAGGGUCUCCGACUUCAGGCGCAUUUUUGUUUGCGAAACACGCCGAGGACGGUCUCAGAUGGUAUCAUCAAUUGUUCCCUUCUAUUGCAGAACUUGAUGCUGCUUGGAAGCCCGUUGGAGAAGCACUUUACAGAAACUUUCUGACAAGGUUUCCUAUUUUACCUGUUGCUACAUCAGUUCCGGAAUACAAGAAGCCCGAUAAAAAUGAGGGACGUUACUCAAGAUUUAAUAAUGCUGCAGAAACAAAGACGGGACUGACCCCCGUUUUUGUCAGAUGGUUUAAAGUCGGGGAUACGUACUUUUGUACCACCGAGAUGUCGUGGUUACUCGAAAAUGCACUUUUGGCCCUGGGAUUUUGUCUUCUUUCACACACUCCGAACAAAAUUCACGAGAACUUUAAAGCUGUUGGUCGUUCACAAGAUGUGAGUCCCGAUCACGUACGAGUAUUUCUUAGCCACCAAAAACCUUUUAAAGACAGUUUACCCAGGAAGGUUAACGACACACCACUUCAAGAUGCGAGUAGCAUUUAUGAACUGACGAAGUAUUGCGCUAAAGCUGAAAAUUUUUUCGAGAAUCUGGAAGGCCUGCCUCUGCUUCUGACACAAGAUGGCAUACUUCGUUCCUUUGACCAUGAAAACAUAGUUUUUUGCAGUAGAUUCAGUCAACUAUUGCCCUCCAGACCUGAUAUUUUCCUUUUCCACUUUAUUCGAAGUUUGUAUGUAGGCAACAUAGAGAAAUGUGUCCACGUGCGAGAAUUUUGCCUGUCAGAUCUCGCCACAUUUCAAGCGUUUCUUUUUCCACCAUCGUGGAUUAACUCAUCCUCCCACGAACCAUGGAAUCCAAACGAGCAGGAAGACACAUUUCCAUCAAAAGAGUGGCUUAUAUUACUUUGGCAGUUUAUUGAUGUCAUUUCCAGUGACAGAGAAAGUAGAACAAACAUCUUGAAGGAUAUUGAAAGUUGGCAUAUAAUCCCAACAACGAAAAAUUCUCUCGUUCCUGUUUCCAUGAGUAAAACUGUGCUCAACGCCAGCACAUACGUCAACAUUGAUUCAUCUCGAGACCAAACCGUACAAAAGCUGAUGGUGAAACUUGGCUGUCCACAGUUAAAUUAUACAAUUUUGAAAUCAGCAUUUUCAAGUUUUGGUGGAGCUAGUGCAGUGCUCGACCACUAUCUUGCAAAGGUUCAUUCGACAAAGGACAUCCUGAGUCUUCUUCAGGAGCAUUUGGCCGGCAACACGAAAGAAGUUGGUCUUCAUGAUCUCGAGAUUGAGCGGCUUCUGAUGUUUCUACAAAGUGACUAUUCCAACCUGUCGCACUCGCUUCUACGAAAUCUACCAUUUUACCAAACCAUCGACAGCACAUACACACGGCUUUCUGCCUUCAAUACAGUUUAUGAAGUUCCGGCUGGGAUCCCUGGAGACGGCCUUCAAGUUCUUUCCACGGUGACAAACAGCAUCUUCUUACGCUAUCGUCCCAAACUCGCCGACCUUUACAAGUAUAUUGAAAUCAAACCAGCUUCGUCUGUGGAGUUUUAUACAAGCAUAGUUCUAGAGUACUUCGAUCAUUUAACACCUAAAGGAAGAGUAAACCAUUUGAUAUAUGUCAGAGAUCACCUUUUAAAUUACCAGCAUGAUGGCUAUAAUGCUGUCCUGGCUGUUAUGAAACAAUUACCAUUUCUUCCCGAUCGUUCAGGUGCACUUCACCCUGCAAGAGAUUAUUACAAACCAGACCAAAUAGUGUUUAAGACGUUUGUACCAAAGGAAAAGUUUCCUCCUUCUCCGUUCAAUUCUGUCGAAUGGAAAGACUUCCUAGAGAAAGUUGGUCUCCAGUGUGUUGUCACUGAAGACCAUUUCUUGCAGUAUGCCAAACAACUGGAAGAAGAGGCUCGCAGUCUUCAAAAACCAACUUCAGAGAAGGUCGAAAAAAUUUUAGAGAAGUCAAACGUUCUGGUUUCUCAUCUAUCUUACAACAACAGUUUGCACACUUCUUCAUUUUUUUCUCAAAUUUCGGAAAUCUACUUUGUCCCUGCAGCAAAGGUGAAAAAGUUGUUUGUCGAUAUUCAUCCUUCGUUUACACAAUCAAUCCUCACGUGUUUUCGUGGAUCCGUGACUGCAGAGCAUUCGCCCCUUGUGUGGUCAAGUGCAUCUAUGGUAGCAAGUUCAGUGGUGCCCCACCGCAAAAAAUCGAUUAAAAUGCUUGGGAUACAUACCACUCCUCCACACGAACUUGUUAUUACCCACACCAAAAACAUUUCUGGGCGUUUCCCUGCAGCGGAAAAGAAAGAAGUUCCCGAGAAAUUGCAAGCCAUUCUUUAUGAAGUAAUGACAAAGAUAUACAACUAUUUUAGUAAAUCUUGCCAUUCGAAACCCGGUCCUCCUGAUGAAAAUUGUUCCCAAGAAUGUAAAACAACAAGGAAUGCCCUUCUUUAUACUCCCGUGAUAUUGGUCGACAGCCAUACCUUUGUACGCGGCAACCAACUUGCAUUCGAAGGUUUCUGGGAAAGCAUGAAGCCGUAUAUGUUUAAUGUUCCUCGAAAUCUUCAACAAUACGAGCACUUUUUAAAAUGCCUUGGAGCUCAGGAACGUUCAACACAACUUCAAUAUUCAUCACUGCUUGAAGUAAUAAAGAAAAAUUGUAAAGACAACCAAAUGCAUCCAGGAGAGAUUCCUGCAGCAGUCGAUGCCACGAAAUGUUUGUUUAAACGUUUAAGCGAAGAUGCCAAGCCCCUCCAAACACAUGAGCGAAGACAUGCCCCAGAUGCAACCCAAUCUCUGGACAAUGUUCGCAAUCUUUAUCUUCCAACUGAAGCCAAAUAUUUGAAGCCAUCUUGCGAGGUUUUCGUUAAUGACACUAUGGAGAAGAAAGAACGUUUGAAAGAUUAUUGGAAGGAGCUGCUCAUUGAUUUAACCAUGAAGGAUCAAGAACCUCCUGCAAAACUAGUCGAGUACCUGCCGAGCCAUUUGAAAGUUCAAAAGUUAAGUUCUAAGCUAAAUGAAGAGUUGAGUCCAAACUGUGUGGAUCAACUCUGUGUUGCUGAUCAAGAUCCAACCGAGCCAUCCUGUGAUUUCAUCAAACGAUAUCGCGAGAUCAUUUGCUCUUCAGAGUUCAGCGAGGCGUUAAUACGCUUGUACAAGUCCCAAGAAAAAAAGCCCAAGAUUUCGGAAGAGGUGGAAAAUGAUCUUAAGAGGCUUGAAAAUGGUGUCCAAAUUAAAUGCAUGCAGACUAUUGAAAUACGGCUUGUCACGAUGGCUACCAAGGAACCGGUUCUCGGCAGCGAGUCACAAGUUUCUACUUUUUGUCAGAAAAACUCCGAGGGAUUUUGUAUUCUAAUUAAACAUGGCGGUGGAAAAAGUGGUGUAUUGCAUGAAAGGUUGAGUUCGUUUAUUACAAAGAUCACUGGAGAACAUGUGAAGGAAGUUAGUUGGCGUUAUCUUAUGAUGGUGCUUGAUGCCAAAGAUCCUAGUGAAAUAUCGGAGACUUUGGAUGAAGCUCGCGUGCCACAAAAUAUUAGCAGUCGUUCUGGGGAACCAAAUCCUGGCGAUAAAAUCCCAGAGCACUUCCACUAUCUCUUGAAAAACGAUAUAAAUCACCAUCUUCGAGAAGGUGAACUCGUCGGAUAUGAAGUGAGGGAAGAGGACGAAGAAAAUGAAGCGGUGUAUGUGUACGCCAAAAUUAUUGAAAAAACCAGUACAGGCGACGGAACAUUUGCAUUUAACAGCCGAUACAAGAUUGAUAUAGGUGAAGACGAACCAAUUGAAGUCAGCAAAUUGAAGCUUUACAAGUUUGAUCGUGAUGAAAGAGACGUAAAAAGGGGCGACGGGGUAAGCUUGGUGCCUUAUUUAGGCACAGAAACAGAGAAUUCUAGCCAACAAGAUGCACAACGCGAGCCAGUGACGCUUGAAGAGGCCAAGAAAGAGGUCGCUGAAGCACUGAAAGAGAUUUGGGAGGGUCUUCCAGAGUCCGAGAGAUCUAGUGCUAUUAAACGUCUGAUCCGACGUUGGCACCCCGACAAAAAUCCUCAUCGCACGCAACUUGCUACAGAAGUAACACAAUUCUUGCUCAACGAAGUUGAACGUUUGAAAAAGGGUGGAAUUCCUGGUUACCAUCCGGAAACCGACAAUUCAAGAAAGCCAUCGAGAUCCGGUGGCCAUGGUACUAGCACUUGGGAUGCUGGUCCUAACUUCUGGGACUUCUCCAGCAGAUACCAACAACGAUCGAGACGUCAAAGAGAUCGCUAUCGUGAUUGGUCGGAUCACCGGUACCGAGGCACGGACGACUACAGUGGAACAGCGUACCGCCGACGUACGAAUAACGAGUUUGAGCCAGCCAAUAGGGAUGAAAGUGAACGAUGGAUGAGACAAUCUCAAAAAGAUUUUGAAGGAGCAAGCUGCUUAUUACAAAAUGAAUAUUAUUUCCUUGCUUGUUUCCAUUCCCACCAAACCGUGGAAAAGGCUCUGAAGGCUCUCAUGUUUGCAAAGGGUCGUUUUAAAAAAAGCGACCGAGAAUCUCACGACUUGCUGGAAUUAGCAUAUCGAGCGUCUGGAAUAGACGCCAGUCUUCGCGUCGUUCAGAUGAUGGUUGGGAAAAUACAGGGAUAUUACAUCAAGACCCGCUAUCCCGAUUAUUACAAUCUCUUCUCCCAACAUUCCAUUCCAGCCGAUUAUUAUACCCGGGAUGAUGCUGACGAGGCAAUCUUAAAAGCCAGAGAAAUUUUACGUCUAAUCCGAGAGGUCUUGAAUUAGAAACUUUUGGAUUUUUGCUCGAAAACUUUCUUCUAAACUUUUGACUGUAAUUAUUUUCAGGGAAAUAUUCUUUUAAUGAUGAGAGUGGAAUAUUUUAAACCGAUCUAUUUCUAAUACAUAACAUAUUCGUCGUAUAGUUCAUCUAAAGCUUUCAUUCGGAAAUAUUUCUGUUCCGAGGAAAGAACCACCAAAGCCACGAUUUAAAGCCAUUUGAACUUUUUCCACCAAAAAAAAUUUUCCCCCGAAAACUUUCCCCUUUCGUUCCGUUCCGUUAGUCAACAGUCAUAGGAUAGGUUGAUUCAAACACACAGGAAACUAAUAAUUUUUUCAAUGAAUGUAUUGAUUAAAAUUAGGUUAUGGCUGGUGAUGCAAUAUUUUACCAACACUAUUCCAACGACAGAAAAAUUUUCAUAUUUCGUCGCUUCAACAAGGGAUCAGCACGACUAAACCUGGGGCCAGUUGUAUAAAAACGUAGUUAACUUUUAACUACAGCUAGUGACAGAAUUGACCAAUCAGAGUCCUGUAUUUCUUAGUUAUCUGCGAUUUAACGACGCAAAAUGUAGUUAAGAGUUUCAUACAACCAGCCCAGAACAUUAAUUAAUAUUAAUGACAAUUUGAUUGGAUUUUUAAUUUGGACCCCAGAAUUCUUAAAUUGCGUAGAUAUCAAGCGCGUCGCAUGUAAAUUUUGAAUAGAUCAUAGUUAUGAAUAGAUAGAAUUUUCCGAUUUUUAACCAGUCUCUCCUGGACACCGAACAGUUUGAGACUUAACUAUGAUUUAGUUUUAUUAAUACUAAAGACAAAAUUAUGUAAGUUUUUUAGCAAAUAUAUUA